GCACGCGGCCUCUUUAAAUGGCCACUAAGGCUUCGCCGGGCACUCUGCGGACAGAGCAGCAGGCAGCCGGACGGACGGCCGCGCGGGUCGGGGUGCAAAUCGCGAGGCAGGCCCAGCGGGUGACGGCAGUGACCCACGAGGUGACCAUGAGGGACGUCCUGUUUAAAUGCUGUUUUGUCCCUCGUCCUCCUCCAGGAGAAGAGGAGCACGGGGGAGACAUGGCGGCCCACCACAAGAAGUUCCUCAUCUUCUUCGACUUUGACGAGACCAUCAUAAACGAGAACAGCGAUGACUCGGUGGUUCGGGCAGCGCCCGGCCAGAAGCUGCCCGCCUGGCUGCGUGACACCUACCGGGAGGGCCACUACAACGAGUACAUGGGGCGCGUGCUGAGCUACAUGGGUGACCAGGGUGUCCGUGAGGAGGACUUGCGGACCGUCGUCGAAAAGAUCCCCGUCUCCCCGGGGGUGCCCAGCAUCUUCAGCCUCCUCAGGGCCCACCAGGACCUCUUUGAGGUGGUCCUCAUCUCUGACGCCAACAUGUAUGUCAUCGAGACUUGGCUGCAGGCGGCCGGCCUUCGUCAGCUCUUCCGCUGCAUCCUGACCAAUCCGGCCGGCUUCGACGCACGCGGGUACCUGGUCCUCAAGCCAUACCACACGCACGCGUGCCAGAGGUGCCCAGCCAACAUGUGCAAGCAGAAGAUCAUCAGCGAAUACCUGAGGCAGCGCCAGGAGGAGCGCGCCGGCCGGCCCUUUGACAGGCUCUUCUAUGUGGGCGACGGUGCCAACGAUUUCUGCCCGUCUGUCAUUUUUGGGCCCUCUGACACCGUCUUCCCCCGCCACGACUACCCGAUGCACAAGCUGAUCAAGGAGACACAGCAGAGCCAGCCGGGCAGCUUCAAGGCCACUGUGGUGCCCUGGCAGAGUGGCGAGGUGAUCACCACCUACUUGAAGACGUUCCUGGACAGGUAGCUCCUCCCCUACUCCACCUAAAGUCCGCCCUCCAAUAGGCCCCGCCCCUCAAAUUGUUCACCUUUCCUCAGGUUCAAGCUCCUCCCACCACCACCACCACCACCACCCCCAUGUUCCUUGAAUGACCCCCUUGUGACGCAAGGAGGCUUCUCCAGGGGGCGUCCUCUUUGUCAGAUUCUCAUGACUUCCAAUAAGAAGGUUGGUUUUAGGCACAUGAUGAGUUCAUAUAGUGCCUUUCAUGAUCUACCUGUAGGGGGUGACCUUCUGGGCAUUGUGGGGUAACAUGAGGGGGUCUCAUCCCAGGUGGGGGACACCUGUAAGGAAAAGAGGACCCUGGCCUUAUUUAGCACCUUUCAGCUCUGUGCCGUCUCUGAGGGCUUGGAAUUCACUCAAAGAGGUGGGAUUUGAACCCGUGUGCUGCCCACCCCAACCAAGAGACUCGCAGUGAAAGGUGCUAUAGACAGUAAAGGCUGAAGGUGACACCCCGUUUCGGAUAUUUGUGGGCGGUGAUUAUGAAAGGCACUAUAUAGAGUGUGCAUGGGUUGAUGAUGGCGCUCUCUGAGAAAGGCGCUAUAUGCAAUACAAACUGAUCUGUUACUGUGUCUCUGAUGGUGCUAAUGCUGAAAGACGCUAUAAAAACACAAAGACUGACUGACAUGCAAUAUGGCUGGUGAUUGGGCUGCCUGUGGGAGGCGAUAUCUUCAAUAAAGGCUCUUCGAUUGUUAA